GCUUCAAUUAUCGCGGCGAUUAACCAGCUUAAGAAGGGAGCUGAGGUAAUGAUACUCUUAGCUGAGCUGAUGCGGGAUCGGAUAGCUAGCCUCGAGAAAGCUAAUACAGCAGUAUUAGAGCGUAGAAAACGUAAGAAAAAGCGGAUACAGAAGCGUGGAGUCCUUACAAAGGGAGCCGGCGAGGAUCUACUCGCUUAG